UAAGUGUCUCUUCACUUUAGUUCAGUUCUCCUCUGUCCAGAACUCUCUACACUUCUCCAUCCAUCCUCCUCUCCUUUCUUAUUAUAUAAACGAAUAAAUCCACCCUGAAAGUUAUCUGUUGAAAAGGAGCUUACGAUCAAACCAUGGCAUCUAGAUCAAUUGGUUGUUUGAAGCAGUUGACGAAUCCUUUGCGAGGAAAGGCGAGUUAUGCGACCUCAACGCCACCGAAACUGAAAUCCUACUCACCAACAGCCGAUUUUGGCUACUCUAAAGAUGCUAAGCCGCCAAAGAAAGUGAGGGGCGAUAUGGUGCCGGUGUACGUAGCAAUCGGCAUGAUAGCGCUGUCAACCUCACUGGGCCUUCACACAGUGGUGCAACAGCUGAAGAACUCGCCGCAUGUGCGAGUUGACAAGAAGAGAAGAGAGAGUUUACCAGAGGUGGAGGAGCCUGAUCGAGUGCUGGAUGAAACAGACAGGUUCAUCAAGCAGUCGUUUUUCAGGAAAGUUGCCCAUAUUCAGAAAGAUGACGAUCACUUCGCCAUUGAUGAUCCAACACGGGCUGACGUGUUUGCUGUCACUCCUACCUCGAGGGCUGAAACUCUGAGAUCAGUUGGUGUUCUUGAUGGCUAAUGUUAUAUUUAAUUUCCAGGCUUUUCUGGGGGAACGUUCUAGAUAUCUCCCUAUGGCUCAUCAUCGAAUGUUGUAAAUAUACAGUAAAAUAAUGGGGUUUCAAUAGUUGGUUUGUUGCUUUA